AUGAAAAAGCCAGCACAAGAAGACUGGAAGGCGAUCGCCGAAGAGUUCGAAAGGAGGUGGAACUUUCCACACUACUUGGGAGCCGUCGAUGGAAAACAUAUCCUUGUGCAGGCACCGAAGAAAAGUGGAUCGCUCUUCUACAACUACAAAGGGACAUUUUCAACCAUCCUCCUCGCCGUAGCUGAUGCCAACUACUGCUUCAUAUACGUUGAUGUCGGCGAGUAUGGAAGCUGCAACGACGGUUCAGUGCUGACCAAGUCAGCCUUGGGAAGAGGUCUGCAGGACAGCAGUCUCAACUUCCCGCCUUCACCAAAUGACGGCCUAAACUAUGUGCUGGUGGGAGAUGAAGCAUUUCCGUUGAAGACCUGCCUCAUGCGGCCGUACCCAGGAAGAAACAUGGCGGAUGCCAAUCGUCACACGAGGCAAGUAUUUAACUAUCGCCUCAGCCGUGGCAGGAGGGUCGUGGAGAAUGCAUUCGGCAUCCUCGUGGUCAAGUGGCGAAUUUUCCGCCAGCCGAUCAUCGCCGACGUGGGAACAGUAGACGUCAUCGUCAAGGCGGCCACUGUGCUCCACAACUUCCUCAGACGACGAGACGGCGUCUCCAACGAGCUGCACUACAUCAACCCGGGCGACGUGGACGUAGAGGAUGGCGGUCAUCUGCGAAGAGGCGCAUGGCGGGCUCAGCACGAAGCAGCUGGCGCGUUCGGGCACGCUGGGCAGUUUGGCACAAACAACGCUUCGAGGGAUGCCAUGGAGCUGAGAGAUCAGUUCGCAAGCUACUUCGUGUCAGCUGAAGGAGCAGUGCCUUGGCAGGAUCGUGUGGUUCGCCGUGGUGAGCUGAGCGAGCACACCUAG